CCAGCAAGUUUCUAACUUAUUUGACUGGCUUUGUCCUUUGGGGUAUUGUCAGGCUUCUAUUUGUAGCAAUCUUCCAGCAACCAGGACUUUGUCUGGGGCAGGGGAAAUCCUACAUCAGGAAAAUUUCCUCUGUAACCUCAGAAAAGAUGGGGCGUCUUCCCCUGGGAAUCGUUUCUCCCUAUGUGAAAACAAGUUCUGGUGGAAGCAUGGACCCCUUAAAAUUCUAUGCUACCAGCUAUGGCACAGCUUUUGGUCAACUGGGUUUCCAUCCUCGGAGUGGCUUCCACAGUGGAGCUGGAUACAAAGCCAAUUACCGACCUGUUGUCCAAUACAAGCCAAGCCUAGACAAAGUAGAUAAUCCAGCUGUUGGGGAGAUCCUUCAAGAUAAUUAUCAGUCAAUGACCACUAAACACUUUCAACCACAUCAGCUCCCAGAUGGGAAAUACCCUCUUCCAUGGAACGUGUACCAGCCAGGAAGUGGAUAUGUUCGGGAGAAACCCCUUUCUUAUCCUCCCACUAAAACUGUCAAGAAAGUCCAUUUUGACACCGCAGACGAAGGAGCACAAACUGUGAUAGGGCUGGAACCCAAACAUAUCCCUCUGCUCCACAAGCCGCAUGGAAAAGGCUCUAUUGAUGUGGAAAAUGGCAGAUACGGACCUCGCUACAUGUCCACAGAGUGCAACUCUAAGUUCCUCUUCAACAUUCCCAGACAGCCAGAUCUCCUGCAGAAGAAAACUAUUGGAGCCAAGGAAGAGACUGGAUUCACUGAAGGCUGUCUCAGUAACCCAGUUAUUGACAAAUCACUUUCUCAGAACAGUAGUCCAGGAGUCAGCAUUAUGAAAACAGAUUAUCAGCCAUCUUCCUUUCCACACGGUGAUGAAUUCCUGCCAGUUCUUUCCAAAGGCUCUGAGCGGGGGUCUGGAUUCAGUCGGCAGAAGGGUCUUUUCCUUCCACCCCAAGAACAUCCACCUGGUGGAGAGGGACCUCUGAGCCAUACUCAGUUUCAAGGGCUUCAACGGCUACCUCAGACACAGAACAAUCUUUUAGGAAGGGAAAAUGUGGGCAAUAAGGAGCUAUCAGGAUUCAGCAUCAAUAACCCCAGUCAUGUGACACCUCCCUAUGAUCCAGAAUUGCCCAACAGGUUCCUGACCAGCUAUAAUUCCAAGUUUUAUGAGAAUGUUCCAAAAGGAAUAGACAGGGAAGGCUGGACACGAGGAGGAAUUCAACCUCAGCAAGCAGGUGGCUUUACUACCAACAACCACGCCACAGACUUAGGCACUGAUCCCAAUGCUACAGAAACGUUGAGGAGUGUUCAUCCUCAUGUCGGAAGAACAAUCACAACAGUUGAUCCAUUCUACUGUGACUCUCCCCAUGACCGUCGCUUCACUGCUCUCCACCAGACGACUGUCCCCAAUUAAUCUCUUCUCUGAACAGGAUACUGCUGUGAUGUCUUCAGGCUUCAGGUCCACAUUCCCCUGUUAAGGAAAGAUGACCAAUGCAAGUGUUGCUACCAAUCAUACUUGAUUUCAAAAGCUGUAGAGUUUUAAAGGGUAUACAUCCAAACUCUUGUUCUUCUCUUCUAAAAAAACUGAAUAGUAGUUCUUGCUGAUGUGUAUACUAGCUUAAACCAAUAAACCUGGAAAGAUUUCUGUGGAAGAAA